UGGUGAUGACGCUGGCCACUGCAAACGGGAGCACGUCCCUGACCACCGCUACUUCCACAUCUUUUACAAUUUAAGCUCAGGGAGAUGAUCUGAACGGUCACAGCCACCCUCCGCUCUCACCCGACCAAAGCAUCUCAGCCCCCUGACAGCAUCACCGACAUGCCCCGCAACGCGGAAUACGCCUAGCCGGCACAGCUAGUCUGCUCAACGACAUUUUACAGCCUUUUUUUGAAAUAUUCGACGGCCGGGUAUUUAUAGCUUUAAGGCAUCCUAACACAAUCCAUCAUGGCGUCAGCAAACGUUACACUGGAAAAUCAGCUGCAGAGUGCACAGAAGAACCUGCUCUUCCUCCAGCAGGACCAUGCCAACACACUGAAGGGGCUGCACGCAGAGAUACGCAGAUUGCAGCAGCAAUGCACAGACCUGACAUAUGAGCUGACUGUGAGAAGCUCUGAUCCCUCAGACAGCGGCGAGAUCCGAUGCAGGGAACUGCAAAGGAGAUGUGAAGAGCUGGAAGCCCAGCUGAAGAAGAAGGAGGAAGAGAACACGGAGCUUCUCAGGGACCUGGAGCAAAAGAACGCCAUGAUUUCCGUCCUAGAAAACACCAUCAAAGAGAGGGAGAAGAAGUACCUGGAGGAGCUCAAGAUGAAGAGCCACAAGCUGGCUGUUUUGUCAGGGGAGCUGGAGCAGAGAGCGAGCACCAUUGCUUACCUCACAUCGCAACUUCACGCCACGAAGAAAAAGCUGCUGGCUGGGAGUUCCUCGGAGGCCAGCCCUAACGUCAGUCCGGUCUCCUCGUACAAGCCCUCACCUCCGCCCGCCAAAGACAGGCAGCCUGAAACCCCGCGCCGCCGCAUGAAGAAGAGCCUCUCCCAGCCUCUCCACCCGGAGCUGACGGAGGUGUACCGCCUCGGUGCGGACGGCAGGCGGCUGGUCCUGAGGGAGACGGUCGACGCCAUGCCCGACCCCACGCCCUUCCUGCAGGCAGGCAGAGAUUCCCCCGAGCCUCAGGUGGUGCGUGAACGGCCUGCAGUAAUCCCUCCCAUCGCCUCCGAGCGCUCCCCCGUCCACGCUCUGGGUGCCACGGCCAGCCCCCGUCACAGCCCCGCUCGGGACCGUCAGUACAGGGCUCACGUGGGCGUGGCGCACCGCAUCCCGCACGGCACCCCUCCCCUAGACCCGCCGCAAGCGGAGCUGGAGACGCUGGCCGUGGACCAGGUCAACGACGAGAAGGUCGUGCGGAAGCGCUCAGGAACUGACAGAACAGUUUAACUGCUGCAAUGCUAACACGCACAUAAACGCACACACAUCUACUGUAUACACAGCUCACUGCAAGAACUGGAAGGAGCCUGACCCACUGUGUAGCCUGCUUUUUACGCAACACUGCAAUGUAAAAAAAAAAAAAAUAAGAACAUAUAACCUUUUUGUGGUGUUCCAUGAAGACUUUUUGAUUUUCUUAAUAUACUGGAGAAGAAGACUACUUUAAAGCAUGCCAAAUGUUUCUCAUUUACAUCCCAAUGACAUCUUAACUUUUUUGCUUAGACUUUGUUUUAUUUUAUGUGGUGCAUACGACAAGUUCUCCGCCAAAUAUCUGUAUCAGUGCCUGCUCAACCUGCUCAUAGUGUAGCAUUGGCUAGUUAGUUAUCUUUACAUGUCUCCGUGCUCCAUCUCCUCAAAAAACAGUCUGGACAUAUCACAUAUUACGAGAUGUCUGUAGCCGCAUAGGAUAGAACUGAAAUUAUUAAACUAAUACUCCUUGAAUGCCUUUCACCUGCUUGUUAUAUCAGUAUAAUAAUAAAACUGUAGGUAUGAGCUGCACAGUGCGCAACAGAAAUUUGCCGGUUAUCAACGUGAACGCUGCAAUUUUCACCUUUUAUUUUGCUGACUGGGAAAAAAACAGCAGGGGUGUACGUGUUCAAAUGCAGCGUGAGACGACAAUGGGACGUGCAUUUGCGUGAGUGAGACGGACAAAGAGAGAGUGUGUUUCUGAGAGACGGCGAAGGCCACAGAGAGAGUUUGGUUUCAACAACACCCACUGACGUCAAUUGUGAUACAAGGGCAUUCUUGCAAACAACGGCUGCACUAGGAUUUGGUGAUAUUAUUAACUGUACUUUAUAAAGGCUGUAAAUUUGUAAUGGGAUUCUUUUUUUUUUUUAAUUUAUUGUUUAAUGUAGAGCACAGUAGAAAACACCUCAGAUACUCAUAUUAGUCAUGAUGCCACCACCACGCUGGUAACUGAAAUCACUUAAUAACCUGCUUUUCACUCUAAGAUCACUUGUCCUUGAAGUAUACAAAUCAAUACAAUAAAGCACUGUUUGGUUA